GAAAUUACAAGAUGGCGGCUGUUAGUUCUACGAAGAAGCCUUUUAUUAUAGGAGUCGCUGGUGGCUCAGCGUCUGGAAAGUCAUCUGUGUGUGCAAGAAUAAUGGAACAGCUAGGCCAGGAAGACGUUGACUCCAAACAAAGAAGGGUUGCUAUCAUAAGUCAGGAGAGUUUCUAUCGUGAACUCAAUGAGGAAGAAUUGGAAGAAGCUCACAGAGGAGAAUUUAACUUUGAUCACCCUGAUGCUUUUGAUCUUGAAAAGAACUUUGAUACCAUUAAAAGAAUUACUGCAGGAAAAUGUGUUGAAAUACCUAAUUAUGACUUUCACAUUGCAUCGACAAGAGAGCAGAAAGUUUCCUUGAUAUACCCCAGUACAGAUGUCAUCCUAUUUGAAGGAAUACUAACUUUAUAUUCAAAAGAAAUAAGAGAUCUACUUGAUAUGAAGCUGUUUGUUGACACAGACAGUGAUACAAGACUGUCCAGAAGAGUUUUAAGAGAUACUCAAGAGCGAGGCCGUGAAUUGGACACUGUGCUAGCAACGUACACCAAUUAUGUAAAACCUGCAUUUGAAGACUUCUGUCUUCCUACAAAAAAGUAUGCUGAUGUAAUUAUACCUCGAGGGUCAGACAACACAGUGGCCAUCAAUCUAAUCGUCCAGCACAUCAAAGAUAUUUUAUCAGGAAGCAAAAAGAUUCGAAAGCUGUCWGAAUCGCCUUCGAGGAGGCAAAGAACAACGUCAGAAUCAAGUGGCACAGAAGAAGACAGUCUUGUUAUCUGCAUAGCGCACAAUGGCGGAACAAACGCUCAUUUGCCCCAAGGAUAGAUACACAUCUGUAAUACACAAUGUCUUUUAUACAGCGAACAGCAUCUAUUGAAUGUAGUCUUUUGACAAAGUGUCCUUACUCGGUCUUCUCGCGUGAGUACGCGAAAAAAUCCCCUACUCUCCCCUCCCAAAGGAAUACAAAUAAAAAUUUCAGU